AUGGGGGACAUUGACGCCAAACUAAGGGCAAUUAAUGAAAAAAUCAAAAAGGAAGCGCAAAUGCGGCAAGCUGCCGAGAGGGUUAAAUCUCAAACAACCAAUCCUCAGGUUCAAGCGCAAUGCGAACAAAAUAUUGUUGACGCCGCAAGGAAUAUUGAUUAUUUACAAAAAGAGUUAGAAAGACUGCAAAUAAGGCAACGUAAUAGUUUACAGUACCCUACACAGCCUGGCCAGCACCAAGCUCAACAGAUAUCGCCUGGUGGAAAUUACUCACCAAUAUCGCCACAUCAUUCUUAUUCUUAUCCACAACCAAACCAACUACCUAAUUAUCCCAAUGCACCACCACAGUCUUAUGGUUCAUCGAUACCGGCCACACGAAGGGGUGGAUUGUCUAAUUUGGACCUUAUUAAAUCGGACGCUCCUUUUGCUCGUCAGAAAGUAACUCUGAAACUUCACGAACUCGAAUUCAAACUCGAUGUUGAACGAAGACUUAAGGAAGGUUCAGAGAAAAUGUGUGAAGCCGUUAGUUUACAAGAUCCAAAGAAUAAAAAAGGCAUUGCAGAAGUUCAGUAUCUAGCACAUGCACCUACUCGCACAUUAAAAUCUCCAGAAACCACAGUCGUCAUUAAAAUUGAUGGUGCGACAAAAGGCAAAACAAAGGCUUCGCGUAACGAUCGUUGGAACGAAGAUUUUGAAAUUCAUGUAGAAAAAGCUAGUGAAAUUGAAAUUACUUUAUAUGAUAAACCUCAUGAACAUCCACAACCUAUUGGUCUCCUGUGGAUUAAAAUUUCUGAUAUUGCUGAAGAACUUAGGAAAAAAAGGAUUGAGGCUGAAAGUGGCCCGGGUUGGGUGUCCGCUUCUAAUCCUCAAUUUGAAAUGCAAUCUUCACCUACUUCUGCUGUAAACAAUGGUCCACCAUAUAGCAUACCUUAUUCUUCUGCUCAACCUCAAGAAGGCGCUGGAACAGCAGUUCUACCCGAUGGUAUUGAGGCAUGGUUUGACGUUGAACCAGUUGGUCAAAUAUUAUUAAAAUUAAAUUUUGCAAAAGAGAAUGCGGGCAAGCGUCCUGAUGCGGGUCUUGGUCGUCAAGGGGCUUUCCGUAAACGCAAGGGCGAAGUGCAUGAGCAGAAUGGACACAAAUUCCUUCAACAAAUAUUCUAUCAGAUCAUGAAAUGCGCUUAUUGUGAAGAAUUAUUUGUGAACGAAGGAUAUCAAUGUGAUGAUUGUGGCAUUUCUUGUCAUGCAAAAUGUGCGCAUCUGGUUCCUGAUUUCUGCGGGAUGAGCAUGAAACGUGCGAGUGAUAUGAUUGAGCAAAUUAGAGUUAGCGAACACACGAGGGGAUCUUUGACGGUUGCCAAACAUGAUUAUCAGCCGCCAAAAUCACCAAAUACACUACCCCCAAAACAACAACCCUCCUAUGACUUACCACCAAACAAUUCCUGGAAUCAAAUGCCAGUAAUAACAUCACCUAUUCCAGAAAGACCUCAUGGCGACCAACCACCAGUCAUUCCAAUGCAUCCCCCUAAAGAUAAAUCCGAUGUAGCUCCGACGCCAUCAUCACGUAAAGUUGGAUUGGAUGAUUUUAACUUCCUUGCCGUUUUGGAAUAUUUACACAAACAGGGCAUUAUAUACCGUGAUCUUAAACUUGAUAAUAUAUUGCUCACACUUGAUGGGCAUAUUAAAAUUGCUGAUUAUGGUCUUUGUAAAGAAAAUAUGGGAUAUGGUGAUACGACAAACACAUUUUGUGGAACUCCAGAAUUUAUGGCACCCGAGAUACUUUUGGAGCAACGAUACGGACGUGCUGUCGACUGGUGGGCCUUUGGUGUUUUGAUAUAUGAAAUGCUUCUGGGACAAUCACCUUUCCGUGGUGACGAUGAAGAUGAAAUAUUCGAUGCAAUUUUAGAAGAUGAAAUUCUUUAUCCAAUAAAUAUGUCUAGAGAUUCAGUAUCAAUAUUGCAAAAAUUACUUACACGUGAUCCAGAACGACGACUUGGCUCGGGGAAAAGUGAUGCUGAAGAAAUCAAGCGUCAUCCCUUCUUUAAAGGUGUAAAUUGGGAUGACAUGCUUGCUAAGAAAGUGCCUCCACCUUUUUAUCCCACAAUUUCAUCUCCCACAGAUACUUCCAAUUUUGAUGAAGAAUUCACGAGAGAAGAUCCAGUUCUUACUCCCGUUCAUAGCAAAUUAACUAUGGAAAAUCAAGAUGAAUUCCUUCACUUCUCUUAUGU